AUGAGCGAGAUCACUCACCCCACCAUCAAGGAUGGCUGGUUCAGCGAGACUUCCGAAAUGUGGCCAGGCCAGGCCAUGACCCUCAAGGUCAAGGAAGUCCUGCACCACGAGAAAUCAAAAUUCCAGGAUGUGCUCGUCUUCGAGAGUACCGACCACGGCACCGUCCUGGUUCUCGACAACGUCAUUCAAUGCACCGAGCGCGACGAAUUCUCGUACCAGGAAAUGAUCACCCACCUCGCCAUGAACUCGCACCCAAACCCGAAGAAGGUCCUCGUCAUUGGUGGCGGUGACGGCGGCGUGUUGCGCGAGGUCGUCAAGCACGAGACCGUCGAGAAGGCUAUUCUCUGCGACAUUGACGAGGCCGUCAUCCGCGUCUCCAAGAAAUACCUGCCCGGCAUGAGCAUCGGCUUCGAGCACCCCAACGUCAAGACGCACAUUGGCGACGGCUUCAAAUUCCUGGCUGAUUACAAGAACGAGUUCGAUGUGAUCAUCACCGACAGCUCGGACCCAGAAGGGCCUGCCGAGUCUCUGUUCCAGAAGCCCUAUUUCGAGCUACUCAACGGGGCGCUGCGAGAAGGAGGCGUGAUCACUACCCAAGCCGAAAACCAAUGGCUCCACCUCUCGCUGAUCACCGACCUUAAAAAAGCCUGCAAAGAAGUCUUCCCCGUCGCCGAAUACGCCUACACCACCAUCCCAACCUACCCAUCAGGCCAAAUCGGGUUUAUGGUGUGCUGCAAGGACGCCAACCGCAACGUGCGCGUACCCGUGCGUGAAUGGUCGCGCGAGGAGGAAGAGAAACUGUGCCGGUAUUACAACGCCGAUAUUCAUCGGGCGAGCUUCGUUUUGCCAAAUUUUGCGCGAAAGGCGCUUGAUGUGUAA